CCAUCGGCGAGAGAAGAUUCUAGAAAAGAAGGGGGAUUUUGCGCCGCCAUUUAGUUCCAGUCUCCGUCCGGGAGGGCAGCCUGGGGUUCACCCACCAAGCCUCAUUUAUUUAUUUAUAAUCUGCAGUUCGCGCGGCUUCUUUCAUUCCGUUAACGAUGGAGAGGGAAAAGGAACAAUUCCGCAAGCUGUUCAUCGGCGGCCUCAGCUUUGAAACAACAGAGGACAGUUUAAGAAAAUACUACGAACAAUGGGGGAAACUAACGGACUGUGUGGUAAUGAGAGAUCCAGCAAGUAAAAGAUCCAGGGGUUUUGGCUUUGUAACCUUCUCUUCUAUGAAUGAAGUUGACGCUGCUAUGUCGGCUCGCCCGCACUCAAUUGAUGGCAGAGUAGUGGAGCCAAAGAGGGCAGUAGCAAGAGAGGAAUCUGCAAAACCUGGUGCCCAUGUCACUGUAAAGAAACUAUUUGUUGGUGGAAUUAAGGAAGAUACAGAGGAACAUCAUCUUAGAGAAUAUUUCGAGGAGUAUGGCAAAAUUGAGAGCAUAGAAAUAAUCACAGACAAACAAUCUGGCAAGAAAAGGGGCUUUGGAUUUGUAACAUUUGAUGACCACGAUCCGGUUGAUAAGAUUGUCUUACAAAAAUAUCACACCAUCAAUGGACACAAUGCAGAAGUGAGGAAAGCCUUAACAAGGCAAGAAAUGCAAGAAGUUCAGAGUACCCGAACUGGUAGAGGAGGAAACUUUGGCUUUGGAGAUUCACGUGGUGGUGGAAACUUCGGACCUGGGCCAGGAAGUAACUUCAGAGGUGGAUCAGAUGGUUAUGGUGGUGGUCGUGGCUAUGGUGAUGGCUACAAUGGAUACGGUGGUGGUCAAGGAGGUGGCAACUUCGGUGGCGGACCUGGAUAUGGUGGUGGACGUGGUGGUUAUGGCGGCGGUCCUGGCUAUGGAAAUCAGGGUGGUGGUUAUGGUGGCGGAUAUGACAACUAUGGAGGAGGAAGCUAUGGGGGUGGAAACUACAAUGAAUUUGGCAACUACAACCAACAGUCUUCAAAUUACGGCCCAAUGAAGAGUGGUGGAAACUUCGGUGGCAGCAGGAGUAUGGGAGGACCAUAUGGAGGAGGAAACUAUGGUCCAGGAGGUGGUAGUGGAGGAAGUGGUGGCUAUGGUGGUCGGAAUCGUUAUUAAACCCGCUAAUGUUUCUCCUUUUGGGCUUCACUGUAUAAAUAGGAGAGGAUGAGAGCCCAGAGGUAACACAGCUUCAGGUUAUGGAAAUAACAAUGUUAAGGAGACUUUAUCUCAGUCAUGCAUAAAACAUGCAGUGAUAUGACAGAAGACACGAGAGCAGAUGCAGACAGCCAUUUUGUGAAUGGAUUGGAAUAUAUUUAAGUACAUUAUCUUACAAUGGAGGAAGGACUGUAAAAUACGCCUUUGAGACAGUUUCUUAGGUUUUUAAAUGUUUAUUUGUAGUGUCUUUGUAAAGAGUGCAGCAGCAUUCCUUUUUGAUAAUGUUCCAUUUUUAAGUUUUGAGUAAACGUGAAAACUUUUUUAUAAGAUAUCUAAGCAGUUUAAGAACAACCAGCCAGGAUCAUGGUGUAAUGAGGCUUUUUUAUUUUAUUUUUUUUUUUAAUUUUCCUUUUAAAUUUCAGUGUGUGUGUAUAGUUGAGCUGUUGUACACUUUCAUUUAAUAAAAUAAUUCGAAAGGAAA